AUAUAAAAUGUUGGCUAGUGUAACCAACUCCUGACUUCUGUGGCUUUCUGUACGUGAUGUUGGAGCUGCUUGCACGUUCUCUGUGAACUGUGAGAUUGUGUUUGGAAUACUGGUUUACCAUCUGGAACUAUUACAGAAUGUCCGGGGCAGUGUGGAUGGUGGCUUGUUUGUUGUGGCUGCUCUCGCCCGUAAACGUCCAUGGCGCCUGGAAGUACUCCCGGAAAACGCGGAAAGGUCCCAGCGCUCAGUACCAGAACGACGCUGCGGCAUACGGACCUAACGUGUGUGCGGUGCAGGAAGUGUUCAAGACGGGCGAGAAGUUCUACCCGGACUGUGUUAGGAAACGCAUCAAGAAAGUCUGCGGAACACCAACGUUUGUACGAUACGAGUGCUGUUGUGGGUUUGGAGCCAUGGACGGUCACGAGGGCUGCCCUGCCUUGCAGCCAACUAAGAACAUCCGGGAGACGCUGACGGACCUAGGGGUGACCGAGUUCACCAAGCUUCUCAAGAACACUGAGCUGGAGUACAAACUGAGGGAGACAGGCGCUUUUACAGUGUUUGCGCCCAUUGAUAAGGCGUUCGAAAGUAUCACGCAGGAUCAGCGACAACGCGUGUUUCCGUGGACGUACAACGCACUAUCACUCUUGCACUACCACGUUGCGCCCGGUUGGCACCACUCAGACCACUUCCGGGGAUUGCAGCUGCUGCCGUCCCUCUAUUACGGUCUCAAACCACUCAGCAUUUCCGGCCGCUCAAAACAGGAUAUGCACACUGUCAACUGUGCCCGGCUGAUCAAAGGGAACAUCCUUGCCUCAAAUGGUGUCAUACAUCUCAUUGAUCAGGUUUUGCAGACGUUUGACCUGUUCGGAAACAUUACGGACGUUAUGUUCCGUCAGACCGAACAGUUCUCGCAGUUCAUCCAGGUUCUCUACACGGCGGAAAUGUUCCCCAUGCUGCGCGCCGACGGCCCCUUCACAGUGUUCGCACCCAGCAACUACGCCUUCUCCCGCCUCCCAAAGCUUGUGCUGGAGAGGGUACUUCGUGAGCAGAAGACUGCUGAAGCGGUUAUUAUGCAUCACACAGCGCCGAGGAUCUACUGCGCCUCCGCCAACGUGGACAAGACGUCAGUCACCAUGCUGGACGGCUCAAAACAAAAGAUGUCGUGCAAAAAGAGUGGACAGUUUCUCCACAACUCACAGAUCGUCAAGGCGGACCUCCUCGCCGGAAAUGGCGUAGUACACAUCAUCAAUAAAAUACAGUUACCUAACUUUGUUAAGACGUUGGACGUGGCGGCACGUGACCUGCACGUGACCAAGUUCCUGCAGCUGGCAUAUGAGAUGGGUCUGCUGGACAAGCUACAGACGGACACAGAGAUGACGCUCUUUGCUCCGUCAGAUAAGGCGUUUGGAGAUAUGCCAAAGAACAAACGAAGGGAACUGUUUUCCGACCCUCUACUUUUCACCACAAUAUUCGACUAUGCGUUAACCAUUGGAAAAAUAAGAACGGAAAAUUUUGUUGGAGAUAGCGGAAUCAUUAUGAACUCCGGGAGUGUUCUUAAACUAGCAAUUCAUAAAGAUGGUAUUUUGGUAGACGACGCAGCCAUUACCUCACCCGACCAUGAGUGUAGUAACGGGGUUGUCCAUGUGAUUGACAAGGUCCUUUACCCACCAACCGACAACAUCUACAACAUCCUACACACGAUGGAUGAGCUCAGAUUCAGCAUAUUCAGAAAAGGAGUAGAGGUAGCGGGUCUAGAUGGGUUACUGUCAGACUCAGACCGAUCCCUAACCGUGUUCGUGCCUACUGACCAGGCGUUUGCUAAACUUCCCCAGUGGCAUCUUGACGAGCUUUUCGACGAUAGUAAAAAGUUAAAAAUGCACAUCCAAAAUCAUAUUGUAAACAGAUACGUUGAACAUCGAUCCAUCGCCGAGGACUCAGUUCUGUUGAUAGAAUCAAUGCAGGGGGAGAGACUAUUGUUUCAGCGAGCAAAAGACAAAUACAUGCUGAACACAUAUUCUGACAUAUUGGACUCGCCCAUUUUUGCCACAAAUGGCGUCAUUUAUGUCGUGGACCGCGUGUUUGAAUGUGCAUGCAAAACGGACCCUAGCUGAACAUAGUGAAUAUGAUUUGAAAGUACGAACUGGGGAUGUGUCUCAAACACAGUGUUAUUGAUCUCAAUGGUUGCAAACAGCUCAACAGGGACCGAGGAAGUGGAGAUUGUACAUGUACAUGUUGUAAUUAUAUAAAUGCAGUGUUUGCGUUCUGAGAACGUCAGACGGUUAUUGGCCAGUGAACUUAUGGCAUACAGUCGAUGUUUUACAUUUUUUGUUUCAGGGAUAAGUACACAUUAUGUUUAUUUCUUAACAUGAUAUAUUUGUUUUGUUUGUAUUAUUAUUUAACUUGAAAUAAAUGAAAAAAAA